UCCCCGGGAGGUGGGGGCGGCCGGGAACCAGACACCGACGAUGAAUAAGUGAUGCCCCUGGCGGCCUGCGCGGCUCUCCGGGCAGUCACCCCGGCAGCCGGCAGCCGCGCCCGGCGCUCGGCGGGCCCCCACCUGCGGCCGCGAAGAUGGCUGGGCUGCGGCGGGGCGCGGGGCCCCCCUGGGCGCUGGGCGGCGCGGCGCUGGGGCUCUGCCUCGCGGGGGUCGCCGCGCAGCUGGUGGAGCCCAGCACGGCCCCGCCCAAGCCCAAGCCGCCCCCGCUGACCAAGGAGACGGUGGUGUUCUGGGACAUGCGCCUCUGGCACGUGGUGGGCAUCUUCUCGCUCUUCGUGCUGUCCAUCAUUAUCACCCUGUGCUGUGUCUUCAACUGCCGCGUGCCACGGACCCGGAAGGAGAUUGAAGCCCGGUACCUGCAGCGGAAGGCCGCCAAGAUGUACACGGACAAGCUGGAGACGGUGCCACCCCUCAAUGAGCUCACAGAGAUCCCCGGAGAGGAUAAAAAGAAGAAAAAGAAGGACAGUGUGGACACAGUGGCCAUCAAGGUAGAGGAGGAUGAGAAGAAUGAGGCCAAGAAGAAGAAAGGGGAGAAAUGAGGAGGGCUUCCUAGAGGUGGCAACUGGAGCUGGCUGGCCCUGGUGCUCAAGUCCUGGUAGGGGUCCAGGCAUCUUGGACUCCAAGGUCAUCCAUGGACCACAGAGGUUACAGAACACCCUCUUCUUGGCUCCGAGGAGGCUGCUGCAGCCCCAUCCCUAUGGCCCAUCAGGGGCAGGGACAGGACUGCACCUGGUGUCCUGCCUUCCAGCCUGGACUCCGCUCCUUUCACCUCAGCCACAUGGCCGCUCAGCAAAGGUCGUCUUGGGCCACUGCUCCCCCCUGCAGAUCCAGAGUGGCUUCACAUCCACCCAGACGCACGCCUCUGUCCCUUCUGCCGGGAACAGCAGUGGCUCUACGGGGGUGAUGGGAAGUGGGCUCUCUUGGGAGGAGAUGGCUGAACUGGAUGGGCUAGAGUGUGAGGCCACACCCGGGCUGGCCGCGAGGAAGCUGUGGCUAGGGGAAGCUGUGGCAGCACGAGGCUCUCAGACUUCUCUAGAUAGCAGCCCUAGUGGCCAGGGAACCACUCCAGGCCCAGCAGGGGUCCUGGCCGGGGCAGUGAAUAGAGCUGCCCGGAGACAGGAGAACUUCAGCCCAGCAGAUACCAUGUGCCCAUGUACCAUGGGCAGCUGCACUGCACUGGAGCUGAGGUUGCCUGUAGGCAGAGCGUGAGGCCUGGGGGUUCAGGGCUGGGGCUGUAGGGGGUCAGUCAGGGAUGCAGAAGGCUGAGGCCAACGGGCCAAAGGGAGAAGGGAAGAAGGCUGGUAGCUGGGCCCCAUCUUGGGGGACCAGGGAAUCCUGAAGAAGCCAAGGGAAGCGCUGAUCUGUGCCAGAGGUCCCUUUGAGGUGGUGGGGGUUUUCGGGGCCCUAGGAGACCACCUCAGAGGGCAGUCAGGGGCUGAGGCAGCAACCAGCCUUCCACCUGUUGAGCAGAACAGCACACAGCUUCCUCUUCUACUGUCUCAACUACAGCGCCUCAGAGAAUCACUACUGACCAGAGGGUACAGGCCCAACCACCACCCAAAGACUGAAUCUUCGGGGAGGGGCCAUGCAGAGGGAUUUCCAGAUAGUGCUCAGAAUCUGGGCCUGGAAACUAAGGAGACACCAGAGUUUCCUGAGCCCGGGUGGGGGUGGGGGGAGCUGCUGGAAAAUCUCACGCUGCCUCUGCCUUGGCAGC